AUGCCAGGACACGUGAGCCGAGACCUGAAUUGGCUGCACUUUCUGCUGCCCCUGUGGGCUCUGCUGCAGGUGACACUCUGUCAACCGUAUCAGUUGCCCCAUCGCUGCUCAAAUCGCCUGGAAAAUGCUCUAGAACACAUGAGACGCCGUAGUAUCCAGACCAAGAGCUCCUCCACGGACCGCAAUCGUGGAUCGAGAGCCAUGUGGGAGCCACCACCACAGAGUCCAUAUCAACUUUACCACAGUUUCUAUGGGCAGCACAGUGAGCCGGAGGAUGACUUCUACAAUGUGGGUGGAGGCGCUUACAACUCAGGACGUGGCUACCAUGCCAAACUCCUGCACAGGACCGGCAGACCCUAUCCCUUCUCGGACUCUAGUAGUGCUCUGGAGCUGGAGGACCUGCUGUCGGUGAACCAGGAGACGCACCAGCAACAGCAACAGCAGCACCAGCACAGGCAACCCCACAAGUUGGCCAUUUCCCGGGUGGAUGUGGAAGAUCUUAAGGUGCGGGUGCCGCCGGCAAAGUCAGCCAAUCGUUGGGUGGAGAUCGACAAGUGCAAGUUCAGCACGGAGAACUCCACGCUGGACACCCGCCUCAUCUUUCCGGAUCUAACACUCAGCGGCAAGGUGGUAAUGCAACCGAUGGGCGGCAAGUGUCACAUGAUCCUGCGGCUGCGGCACGCAGGAAUUGAAUUCCGGACAGUGCCGUUGGGCUACGACCACCUCUCGGGCCAAUCUUCCGGAUACGAGCAGUCCCGGAGAUUGGGAGCCGCCUCCGUGAGAACAGACUCCCAUUUCGCAGAGCCAGGCUUUAUAUCAGUGUUUGCCCACGGCUGUCAGGGACCUAGUGGCAUUCGGCUUCGCCAGAACUCAAAGCGGAGAUUUGGACACGCUCCGGAGGUCGAACUGGGAGAGCCACAUGUGAUUCUAGGCACCAACAGUCGACCGCAGGGCCAGCGAUGGGGCAAGUACCACCAGCAGCCGCAGCAACCAGCGGGCUACGACAUCCGACUGGGACAGAAUUCGCAGCGGGAUCAAAGCCUGGAACUGGGCAGUGAUUCUGGGGAGUUUGUCGACGUCAACGGGGACAACUUUUACCGGCGGCAGUUUGGCAAGCGGCGAAGGCGCCGACGGCGCUAUGCCCAGGAUAAUUUCGAGGACCAGAUGAACUUUAGCGAGGAUGUUCUACACUUUGAGGACGAGCAGUUGCAGCAGCUGGUGGAGCCGGAUGCCCGGGCCUUUGCGGACAUCUUCAGCGCAGGAAGCGGAGGAGAGGCCAGUUCUGCUGGUGCAGAUCGCGAGGAACUGGUGGGUGAGGCCAUGUCCCAUGAGCUGGAGAAGCUCUUCUCCAUGGGCGUGCGGGGUCUGCUGACCACCUACAUGCAGCGCGCCCUGCAGCCGGCCAUCAAGGAGACCCUGAUGGAGAACAUGGGCUACACAUUGAGCUACGGAUGA